AGGCGGCUUGCCAACCACCCACAACCCCUCUUACCCUCUGCAACACCCUUUCGCCUCUAGGCUGGCAUCUGAAGGGCUGGGCAGGCAGCAGCCCAGGGAGACAGAAUUGCCCUUGGGACUCUUGGUGGCUGAUCCUUGGUGUAGACAUCAGAAAUGUGCUGUAGAGCAGAACUUGUCCACAUGCCUGCACUGAGCAGAGGGUUGGAUGAGGAAACCUCCCAGGUCCUUUCCAACUCUCACAUUCCAUGCUUCUAGUCCUCCAGAUGGUUUCCCAACAGCAGCCAGCCAGCUACCUCUGCAAAGCUCACUAGCGGGGCAUGGCAGCCCUCUCCUUGUUUGUCCCUAGCAUCAAGAAUUCAGAUGCAGACUUCCUCUGAGCAGAGAGGUUCCAUUUCAUGUAUUACGGCUCUUCUCCAAGGACUUGGUUCUCCAUGAAUCAGCCUAACUCCGCUCUUUGAAAAACAAUCUCAGUGAAGUGGUCAUCGUCACGCCUUGUGGUCGUGGGUUCUGCGAGUUAAUCUCUACUUUUUAAUGGUCAACCACCCAGAGACACAAGUGGUUUAGAAAUAUGUUAAAUAAUAAAAAUGAGACACUGGGUGAAGUACAUUCUUGUUGUCUUGGGCUGGGUGGCAUCUCUGCACCUCAGCCUAGCCUGCCCAGAUUGUGCUCAGACCUCCUGGAGGAAAGACAGGAGAAAAUGCACCACGAGGCCAGCUGGGUGAGCUUCCCUGGCACUCCAGGGCGGCAGGCAGAGGGCUGACCCCAGGUGAAGCCGAGGGCCUGCUUAUGCCAGGGCAGCCUGGCGCUGCUCCGUCACCGGAGACAGACUGGGCCGAGGAGGAAGUUGUGGCUUUGCCCCUUGGCAGGCAAGGCUCUUCUGUUGAAAUAUUUGCUAAGGAAGAGCUGCAGCUCCGCCCGGAAUUAACUGCAAGCUGGAGAAGCACGGCAGAGCAGCCGAGGGAACGGUUGUGCAGAACUUUGUUGCGGGAGUCCGAGUGACUGAGAAGGGGCGCCUCUGAGUCUUGACCAGGGAGCUGCCCUGGGCAUCCCCUGGGCGAGAAGCAAGUGGUCUGAGCAGCAAGGCUGGUAGUGCCGUUCAGCUCAGGAAGGAGGCUUCUCUGGUGAGUGCUCUUCAUGGCUGGGGGCAGGAGGAGCCGGAUCUUCCUCUGGCCAGCCCAGGGCUCUGGCAUUCCGGGCUGCAGAAGGCUCGUGGUGGCCACCCUCCUUGGCCUCCUCUUGCCACCCUUGCUCUCUUCCACCUGCCCCAGUGUUUGCAGCUGCUCCUCCGGGAAGGUGGACUGCGUGGAGCACCAGCUGCGUUUUGUGCCCGACGACCUGCCCGCUAACGCCACCGCCAUCCUGCUGGACUACAACCGCAUCACGGCCCUCCGGAACCGCACCUUUGUGGCCCAGCGCGGGCUGCACCAGCUGAGCCUCCGCGGCAACGCCCUCGUCAGUCUCCAGUGCCAGGCGCUGUUGGGCCUGGGCGAGCUCCGGGAGCUGGACCUGAGUGGGAACUACCUGAGCAUCCUGCAGCCGGAGACCUUCUUCCCCGUGCCGGGCCUGACGACGCUCAACCUGGGGCACAACCGGCUGCUGCAGCUGGAGCCGGAGCUCCUGGAGGCUCUGCCUCACCUCCGAGUCCUGUCCAUCCACAGCAAUGGCUUGGUCGCCCUCUCAGCCGGCCUCUUCCAGAGCCUGCCCUCUUUGCACUACCUCAAGCUGGAUGGGAACCCCUGGAUGUGCUCCUGCGCCAUCCAGCCUCUCUCCCAGUGGCUGGCCGACCACACAGACAAAGUCCCAGAGGUGCAGCUGGUCUCUUGCAGGCUUCCGGCGUAUCUCUCCAACUACCCCAUAGUUGACAUUGGCAACGAGUCCUUCGUUCACUGCCAGGAGCCCUGGCUGCAAGCCCAGGACUAUGCCUUUUUCCUGCUGGUCGGCCCGUCCACCUUCCUGGCCAGCGUCUGCCUCUGCGUCCUUAUCGGCUCGCUCGCCGUGGCCCGCACGAAGAUCAUGGCGGUGUCUUCCAUCCGCCCGGGGACCCUGGCCAGGCGUGCAGAGCGCAGGAGGCCACGGUAGCCCGCCCCGCUGGGCCUGCCCAGUGCGGCCGCCUUUCCUUUUUGCAAAGGGCUCUUCAGUCUCGGUCGCAUUUGCUCCACGAGGGCCCUGCGGAGCGGGCCACGCUUCCUGCUUUUAUAGAGAGCGGUUAGGGCUGCCCUAGCUGGGAGCUAAAGUGACAGCCGAGGGCCAGAAGGUGAGAAUGCAGAACGCCAUCCUGCGGUCAGCAUAACAGGUGCAGGAUUGCAUCUGGGGGCAGGUCUGUAUCUGGGCACCCCGGACACUCGUCGUACAAGCGUUGGUGGACGGAACGUGCGAAUGGGCCUCAAGUCUGCAGCCAGCCAAGGGUAGGCAGGCCCUUCAAGUCAGGACAUACACCUCAACUACAACACAAUUCCGCAGAGCUGAACUCUCCCACCCGGCCGGAAGGCUGCCUGUUUUCUCUCAGUCGCCCAUCGAGGUCGCCCUCUGUGCUGCCGAUCUCUUGCGGUGCCUUCCAGCCACAGGCCUAUCUGUGCCAUAGAAACAACAGUGGGGCGGGGAGGGGGGGGGGCGCAGAAGGGGCAAAGUCGUGCAUUGACGGGUGAGCCAGCUGGGACCCACAUAUUCGUUUCCUUCUGG